AUGCCUCGUGGAAGGCCUGCACGCAGAGUCCUCUCCAACAGAAGUGACGACAUUGACGACAUCAAGGCAGAGAUGGCCAAGCUGAAGGCACAGCUCCGCAUUGUGGAGGGAGAGCGGCAGGCUUACAUCCUGCAGUCUCAGGAUCUGAUCCGCAGACAGCGGCGUGAGAUUGAGCGGCUGCGGGCGGAGCAGGAGGAGCUGCAGCGCAGUCUGCGUGUGUGUGAGAGUUACGGCCACAGGCAGAAAGACGUGCUGGUCACACAGGACCUGCUCCUCCUGCUGGACCACAGAGAGGAGAUGGACAGGCAGCUGGAGAGGGAGGCACUGACCCUGAAGCAGCUGGACAAGGAGAUCCUCAGUAUGGAGCGCAGGUUGCUCAGUCAAAGGAAGAGUGGUGGUGGGUGGCACAAGCAGAGGACCCAGGUCCCUCUAUACCAGAAGACCAUCCGCACCCUGGAGGACAAGCUGGACAGGGCUGUGACCCGCUUUAACACGCAUGUGUCCCGGAACGGCCAGCUCAGAGAGGACCUGGAGGCCCUGCGCACCAAGAGGAGCCAGUUCCAGCAGAGACGACACAGUCUAGAGAGGGAGCUCCAGGAGAUACGCAAAGACAUCAGCAAUGUGAUCAAAUUCUCCACAGCUGUGUAUGACGCUAGGGUGGAGGUGCAGAUGAAGAUGCUGAUGAUGAAGAAGGCAGCUGUGAAGGACCUGGCAGAGUACAGCAGGGAGAUGAGGGAGCUGGAGAGAGUCAUCGCUCAGGAGCGCCACCUGCAGGACUUUAUGAACAUAAAGAGGCGCAGUCAAGAGGAAGGCCUGGGUGAUGCUGCAUCUCUCUCAGAGGUGAGAAGCCAGGAGUCUGCGGAGGAAAUGUUCUCCAGGAUCCGCAGCCUUAGCGGAGAGGAGGACCUGGACCUGCUAGUGAACCGCUUCAUUCAGAAUGAGGAUCAGAACUUUGCUCUCUUCAAAAAAAUAACUGAACAGAACAAUGCAGUGAAGACACUGAAGGACCAAAUUAACCAGAUUCAGAAGGACAGCAGGGAGCUCUGUGAGGAGCGGCAGUGCAGGGAGGCAGAGUGCCACGCCCUGCUGGGGGACCUGCAGGCACAGCAGCGGGCGGCCCAGAGCCAGGCGGAUGGGUGCGAAGAGCGCGCCGCCACUGUGGGCAACAUCCUGGACAAAAUCAGGACGGGUAUGGACCGCAUGCUUCGCAGGCUGAAGAGCGUGCGGUGUGUGGCUGAGGACCUGCCAGGCGUCUCUGAGGCUGCAGACAGGAACCUCCUGUCCCUCCUGGCCCUGGUGCAGCAAAGCAGCAGCAAACUGCUCAACAUCCAGGCCUUCAUCAGAUCCAAGAUCUUGCAGAGAGAGGGGAUCAUCGGGCCCAGCAGGGGGAGAGGGGUGAAACCCUCCAGGCUCAGUGCGCUACCCAGAAGCCAGAGGCGCCGGCCAGAGGCCUGA